CCACCUCGGAGUCUCGGAGCGGGCCCCGGAAACCUGGCCUGCAGACGCGGCAUCCCUACUGCCUUGGCGUCGUAACCCCGAAAGGGAAAAGGAGAUCGGCCUGUCAAGGGGCCUGUAAGAGCCGCCCAGCGCGAUAUCCCCUCCCAAGCAGCAUGUAGGGGCCGGGCGGCUGCCAUGAACUCCGGAGCCAUGAGGAUCCACAGCAAAGGACAUCUCCAGGGUCGAAUCCAAGUCAAAAAUGAAAAAAAUAGACCAUCUUUGAAAACUGUGAAAACUGACAACAAGCCAGAAAAAUCCAAAUAUAAGCCACUUUGGGGGAAAGUAUUUUACAUUGACUUACCAUCUGUAACCAUAUCUGAAAAAUUGCAAAAGGAUAUUAAAGAUCUGGGAGGGCGAGUUGAAGAAUUUCUCAGUAAAGAUAUCAGUUAUCUUAUUUCAAAUAAAAAGGAAGCUAAAUUUGCACAAACCUUGGGACGAAUUUCUCCUAUACCAAGUCCAGAAUCUGCAUAUACUGCAGAAACUACUUCACCUCAUCCCAGCCAUGAUGGAAGUUCAUUUAAGCCUCCAGAUUCAGUUUGUUUGAGCAGAGGAAAAUUAUUAGUUGAAAAAGCUAUCAAGGACCAUGAUUUUAUUCCUUCAAGUAGUAUAUUAUCAAAUGCCUUAUCAUGGGGAGUAAAAAUUCUUCAUAUUGAUGACAUUAGAUAUUACAUUGAACAAAAGAAAAAAGAAUUGUACGUACUCAAGAAAUCAAGCACUUCUAUAAGAGAUGCGGGGAAAAGAGGUAUUGGCACACAGAAAACAAGAACAGGGAGACUCAAAAAGCCUUUUGUAAAGGUGGAAGAUAAAAGCCAACUAUAUAGGCCAUUUUAUCUUCAGCUGACCAAUAUGCCUCUCAUAAAUUACUCUAUUCAGAAGCCCACCAGUCCAUUUGAUGUGGAUAAAUCAUCUAGUUCCCAAAAGCAAACUCAGGUUAAUCUAAGAAUCCAAGCAGAUGGCGAUAAAUGUGGUAGGAAUCCAGCUCAACUCCAACUGAAAGAAAAGAAAAAAAAAGGAUAUUGUGAAUGCUGCUUACAGAAAUAUGAAGAUCUUGAAACUCAUCUUCUAAGUCAACAACACAGAAACUUUGCACAAAGUAAUCGCUAUCAAAUUGUUGAUGAUAUUGUAUCUAAGUUAGUGUUUGACUUUAUGGAAUAUGAAAGGGACAUUCCUAAAAAGAAAAGAAUAAAAUACAGUGUUGGAUCCCUUUCUCCUGUUACUUCAAAUCUCCUCAAAAAGACUGAAUCCAAAGAAAUGCUAGAAGUGCAACAUAUUUCUCAGAAAGACUUAAAGGAAAAUAAUGUACAGUUGAUCACGGAGCAGAGUUCCCAAAAUAAAGAAACUCAGAAACCUGAAGAAAAGUUAGUGUUUAUUUCAGAAUCCACCUCCUGUCAUUUAACAGCUAAUAAGUGUUCCAUGUUAAGUCCAGCUGAAGAUAACAAAAACGAAAUUUUUACACAUCUACCUCCACAUAAGAGUAAACAGGAAUGGGUCCUUGACAUUCCUGAACAUAAAUUAAUUAUAAGUGAAAAUAACUUAGAAGAACUAAGGGUAGACUGCUGUCCAUGUAGACUACCGACAUCUGUAAAUGUUUCUAAUUUCAAUACAGAUAAUAGUGUAUCGCAACUGAAACAAAAGUCAGAUAAUAUAUUUAUUCCAGCAAAGGAUCUAAAGGAAAAGGACCAUCAUUCAGUAUGUGGACAUGAUUCUCAUCUCUUGGCAAUAAACAGUUCUCAGGAACAUCUACUAACUCAGGCAGCAACUCCAUCUCAGAGUCCUCCUGAGGAACCCAAUGAAUGUGACAUCAAGAAUAUGGAUAGUUUACCUUUUGGUAAAAUCCAUCGGAAAGUGAAAAUACUAUUAGGACGAAAUAAAAAAGAAAAUCUGGAACCAAAUGUGGAAUUGGAUAAGAAAAGAACUGAAUUUCUUAUUACACAAGAAGAAAGCAGAAUUUGUAGUUCAUCAGUACAAUCGCUACUGGAUUUAUUUCAGACUAGUGAAGAGAAAUCAGAAUUUUUGGGUUUCACAAGCUACACUGAAAACAGUGACUUAUGUGGUGCUUUAGAUACCUGGGAAGAGGAAAAUUCAAAUAAUCUGUUAUCAGUGUUUUUUUCUUCACCUUCAACAUCUACAUUUACUGGCUUUUAAACUUAACCUUUAAGAAGUGCUGAAGAUCAUAUUCAUGAAACUUUUACAAACAUAAAAUUCAUUUUUUUGCCAACAUUGUUUACAGAGCCAAAUGUGAAUAUUAGUAAUAAAGGUGGUUUUGCAUUUUUCUACAGAAUUAAAUACUCAAAACAGUAUAGAAUAAA